CUGUUGGGAUGCGCUGCAGUGGAGCCGAAAAUCUGGGGAACCAGACUGUCAAACCUAAGGUCAUGGUCUAUUCUCUCAAUAACAAUAAGCUUUAAAGAUKAAUGUAUCUCUUCAUCAUUGUUUACCACGUCUGGUCGGUGGUCAAACAUUUUCAACAAGUUUUCCCCUUUUUCUCCUUGCRGGUUGAUUGCGACACUGGCGUAAGGUUUCCUCCUCCCGCCUCCUCUCCUUUMGGCACUGAUUGAAAUUCAUGCAGAUCAAAGAUCGCUUUCGUUUACUGUUAUGGUAACUCGCAGCUGCGGCAGUUGAGUUGGCGUGCUGUGGGGAAGGAAGGAACCCGGCGUGAACAGAUAAUGGCCUCAGAGCCGGCGGAGUAAUGGGAUCGGUCGCCUACCGCAGCCAUGGCCAGAUCAACAAACAGAAGCGCCAAGGAUGGAGAUUCAAGGGUGUCUGCUCCCACGGACCGGGCAGAGGCGCGGGACCUGAGCGACCCCAGAGAACUGUCUCUUGAAGAAGUGUUGAAAUCCUACGAGCAGCCCAUAAACGAGGAGCAGGCUUGGGCGAUGUGUUAUCAAUACUGCAGCUGGUUGAGAGUGCCGCGCCCGGCCACUGUGACUGGUGGAGUUUACCGGGUGAAGGACCCGUCCUCUAUACUCCUGCUCAGGGAUGGGACGGUUUCCCCAAAGCAAGAACCAGAUGACACAGAUGGACCUCCCCUUCCACCAAUCGCAGAGCGUCAGCUGGUUCAGUCUCUGGGCAUGGCCAUCUACCAGGCCCUAGACUGGGGACUGGAUGACAGUGAGGAGCGGGAGCUGAGUCCUCAGCUGGAGCGGCUCAUUGAGCGCAUGGCGGGAGGUGAUCAUAGCCUGCAGGCUGACUCCGGCGGUGGCAAUGGAACAACAGAUGAGGGCUACAGUGGACAGGARGAGGAGGAAGAGGAAGAGGAGGGAGAAAAGGGGGCUAUAAGACCAGUGUGUACAUUCAGCCAGGUGAUGACGCUGUGCACCUCCAGAUUGGCAAUCCCUGCCCUUGCUCCGGAGCACUACCAGGCUGUGUGCAGAGCCUUGUUCGUUGAGACUCUUGAACUGCAAACCUUCCUGAUCAAAAUCCGAAAUGCCAAGGAGAUGCUGAAGAAGAUCAAUGGAGAGGAUCCUCAGGAAGAUCAAGCUGAGAUCGAUGCACUGAAACACACAGACUGGACUCAUCUCUGGGUCCAGUUGAUGAAGGAGCUGAGACAGGGGGUGAAACUUAAGAAGGUGCAGGAGCAUGAGUUUGACACACUGCCCACUGAGUUCAGCCUCACACCCUUUGAGAUGCUCAUGCAGGACAUCCGCACCCGCAAGUUCCAGCUGCGGAAAGUCACGGAGGAUGGUGACAUCCCCACACGAGUGAAAAGAAAUGCCCAUGAGCUUAUUUUGGACUUCAUCAGGUCUCGCCCUCCACUGAAACCAGCGUCGGAGCGCAACCUGCCCCCUCCUCCUCAGGAGCAGCAGUCCCUUCACGAACGCGUCCUCGCUGAAAUCAAACAGGAGCGCAAACUGAAGCCUGUGGACCCACCCGGCUCCAAGAGAUCGUUUGGCUCCUUGCCCUGUCUGGCACCCAACUUCCCGUGUGAUUUCAAAUCUACUUCCUGCAUUGACCUGUCAGUCUCAGAGCUUAGGUCCCGCCCCCCAUCUCAUCCUCGUGUUCUGCUCAAAGCUCCUACUCUUCAGGAGAUGGAGGAGAUGAGUAUUUUGGAGGAUGAGGAGUCUCCAGGAGAGCUCUGCCGGGCUGAGAGUUUUCCCACAUCCAUGAAACGGGACCGCUCCUUCUCUGAACAUGACCUGGCUGAGCUYAGGGGGGARAUUCUCCCCUCACUGUCCGAAUCCGCACAUCUGGGAGGGGCUGUGUUGCGGAGGGGCGAGAGACCACGGUCACACACGCUCUCAGGGGCUGGGCCACYCCCCACGCAMAGAGGUCAGUAUGCUCACAAAGCUUUCUUCCUAUUCGUCUGUCUGUCUGUCUCCAUCUCCCUGUUCCAAGCCCCUCUUCCUGUGCCAGGCUGGGUGCCCCUCUCCCCUGCCCGUAUCUCUCUCAGCUCAGUGGAUGAGACCACAGAAGGGGCAGAGACUGGCUCCAGCUCUCGGGGUGGCUAUAAACCCAARUGGAUGGAGGAAUUCAGUCACCCAGUGGAGAGUCUUGCCUUAACAGUCGAUGAGGUCAUCAAUGUGCGUCGUGUGCUKGUGAAAGCAGAGAUGGAGAAGUACCUCCAGAACAAGGAACUGUAUGACAAUCUGAGGAGAGGCAAGGUGUGCUGUUGCUGCAGAAUUAAAUUCCCCCUCUUUUCCUGGCCAUCCACCUGCCUGCUCUGUAAAAGGUCUGUCUGUGGAUCCUGCAGUGCAAAGAUGAAGAUUCCUUCCAAGAAGAUGGCCCACAUCCCAGUCUACACUGUGGGCUUUCACAGCAGCCCAAAGAGCCAUGGUCGCAAGAGUGAGGUCUACAAAUCUCUGCGUACUCUCUCCCGCCGGUCUGUGGAGGAGGAGUUCCCCCACCUGUACACCCAUGGCUGCAGCCUGCGGGAUGUCUGUGCGGACUGCACCAAGUUUGUGGCUGAUGUCAUCUCGUCCAGUCGCAAGAGCCUGGACAUCCUCAACAACACUCCCAAGAGGGAGAGUGUUACGCCCAAGACACACCCCCAACCUCAUGCAUCACCACAUCCGCCCACCUUGAAGAGGAAGAACAAGUGAAUAGAUCGACUGUUGGUUUUUCCUGCGCCUCCUUAGCAGGGUUGCACCUGUGCUGCACUACUAGCCUACUCAAAUACCCCACCAUUCCCCCUAACCUGCAAGUAUCCCCUCACCCUGCUGAAGUGCUUGUUAAGGGUUGUUCCUCCCCCACUCCACUGUGGAGGUUCAUAGGAGGAUAUGGCCUAGGAACAACAAUAAGUCUGCCUCAUCACACCAGUGAUUACUUCACUCACUGGUCUGAUGCAYAGCUGAAACUGAGAGAGAGGACGUAAGGAAGAAGUGGAGGGCAAGCAGAGAGGGGAGGCAAAACAGAGGGAGGAGGAAAUAGGUGAGAGAGGAAGAGGUAAGGAUGAUUGGAAAAAGGAGAUAUAUCUACUGUAGGAGCCAAGAGUUUGGUUUAGGCUAAACAUUUAGCUCCCUAGUUGCCUUGUUGUAGUUAUGAAAAACCAAAAUAACACAUUUUAACUGUAAACGCACCUUGACACACCUUCUUAGAACACCAGAUUUUUUUUCUGGAAUGUUAAAACAACACUAUGGCAAGCUCAAUAGAAGAGUAUUUCACUAUGACAAUAAUUGUUGAAAUGUGCUAGGAUUGUCUGUGGUCCAACUUAAUGAUGCAUGGUGACAUUGUCUGUACGACUGUUUGAAUGUAACCGGGUCUGAGAGGACUAGUAAAGGUCAGGUCUGGGUAAAAGAGAUCCUAAGAGAGACCUGUCCUGUUGGCACCACACUGGACUGGACCCCAGCCGUCUAUCUCUGCUGCUUCAGAAUGACAUUAAGCCCCCUCUCUCACCCUCGAUGGUCCUGUGAGAUCUGCUCUAAUUUUCUAAACACUAAGUAAACCUCAACUGCAAUAAAUCUAAUGUAACCAUGAA